UCUUGUAAACCCUAGCUAUAAACGAGGAGACAGAGGAAGAAGAAGAGAGCGAGGAAAUUGGCGUGUGAUAUCAGAGAAAAUGCAGAUUUUCGUGAAGACUCUCACCGGCAAGACCAUCACACUUGAGGUCGAGUCUAGCGACACUAUUGACAAUGUCAAGGCUAAGAUUCAAGACAAGGAAGGAAUUCCACCGGAUCAACAGAGGUUGAUUUUUGCUGGUAAGCAGCUGGAAGAUGGCCGUACCCUUGCUGACUACAAUAUUCAGAAAGAGUCUACUCUGCAUCUGGUGCUGAGGCUUCGUGGAGGAAUUAUUGAGCCGUCUUUGAUGGCCUUGGCUAGGAAGUAUAACCAAGAUAAGAUGAUCUGCCGCAAGUGCUAUGCACGUUUGCAUCCUCGCGCUGUCAACUGCCGCAAAAAGAAAUGUGGGCACAGCAAUCAGUUGAGGCCAAAGAAGAAGAUCAAGUAGAUUUUGUGUCUGAAGAUUUGCCAGUCUUGUAGUGUAUGGUUUUUAGAAAUAUCAAGACCAAGGGAAUUAAUUAUUAUUAUUCUGCUUUAUUGUUUGACUGUAUGAGUUGUCCAAAACUAUUGAUAUGGGUAUUGGUACUUGUCAAUUUUUGAAUCAUCUUAAAAAUAUUUUGGCAUUAUGUUGAACUUUACCUGUUUUGUUCAUGUUGGGUAGAGCUGUUAAG